UUUGCCACAGACUACAUACUAGCCACAAAAUAUCUCCCCUAGGGGGUAUGUUCUGUGGGCCCUGCCUUUUACAUAGUGAAGCUUUGCGACGUCCGCUUGUUUUUCAAGCAGAUCGUGUUUUAUUCUAACGAGAAAAAAUGGGUCGAAUGCACGCUCCUGGUAAGGGUAUUGCCCAAUCAGCCCUCCCAUACAGACGUAGUGUCCCAACAUGGCUCAAGAUAACUUCAGAAGAAGUAAAGGACCAUAUCAUGAAGUUGGGCAAGAAAGGCCUUACCCCUUCUCAAAUCGGUGUAAUUUUGAGGGAUUCUUACGGAGUGGCUCAAGUCCGUUUUGUAAGCGGAAACAAAAUCCUGCGCUUGAUGAAAGCUAUGGGUUUGGCACCUGACCUGCCAGAAGACCUUUAUUACCUCAUCAAGAAAGCUGUUGCGAUCAGGAAGCAUUUGGAAAGAAGCCGAAAGGAUAAGGACGGCAAAUUCCGCCUAAUUUUAGUCGAGUCCCGAAUUCAUCGAUUGGCGAGGUACUACAAAAAAAAGAAUGUCCUUGCAGCCAACUGGAAGUAUGAGUCUUCGACUGCGUCGGCACUUGUCGCCUAAAUAAGAUGUCGUAAUUUUUUUUCAUGUCUUGAAAAAGAUUAUCACAAAAUAAAUUUGAGUCAGGUACUCGUGUUCUUUUU